AUGGAUAAAGAAUGGAUGAAAGAAAAUAAAUUGUCUAAGGAAUAUGAAGAGGGUGUUGAGUAUUUCAUGGAAUUUGCCAUAAAAAAUGGCGACGACCCUAAUAUGAUACCUUGCCCAUGUGUGAUGUGUCGAAAUUUUAAAAAGUUGAGUGGUGUAGACGUAAGAGUACACCUUUACAAAUUUGGUAUAGAUUCGUCAUACAAAAAUUGGAUUUGGCAUGGUGAGCGGGUGACUCGACCGAAUUCUUCGAAAAGAGCUCGCAGAGAGCAUGUAUUGAACAAUAAUUUUGAUAAUGACAUGUUUAACAAUGUAGAAGAAAAUUUUGCAGAACGCCCAUAUGAAAUUGUAAGACUGAUUGAGGAGUCCGAAAAGCCAAUUUAUCCAGGGUCUAAGGUUACAAAAAUGUCAUUCUUGGUUAGGAUGUAUAAUUUAAAGGCUAGAAAUAGAUGGAGUGACAAUGGGUUUUCUCAACUACUUUCUUACAUGUGUGAGAUUUUCCCUGAAGGUAACAAUAUCCCUAGUAGUACUUAUGAGGCGAAGAAGGUAUUGCGAUCACUGGGCAUGGAGAAUGAGUUUGCUGAGGCUAGUAAUUGCCCUGUGUGUAAGUACUCUCGUUGGAAGUUGAAUGAUAAUGGGAAAGAGCUUAAAAUUGGCACUCCUGCAAAAUUGUUGUGGUAUAUUCCCCCCAUCCCUAGGUUUAAGCAAUUAUUUCACAAUCCAGAACAUUCAAAGAGUCUUGUACGGCAUGACGAAGAGAGAAUUAAGGAUGGAAAAUUGCGUCAUCCAGCGGAUUCUCCAUCUUGGAAGAAAAUUGACGAUAUGUAUCGAAAAUUAUUUUCGGAUCCUAGAAAUCUUUGCCUUGGUCUUUCUGCAGAUGGAAUUAAUCCUCAUAGUUCAAUGAAUAGCAAUUACAGUUGCUGGCCAGUCAAUCUUGUUAUUUAUAGUUAUUUUCCCUCGUUUUCUGCUCUUGCAGCUUUUGUUGAAGCUAUGGCGAAAACAAGGUCAAAAAGGGGGGAAAAUUGA